AUGAUCCCUGACAACCAGCCUGACAACCAGUGUGGCAACCAACCUGACAACCAGCCGGACAACCAGGCGGACAACCAGCCGGGCAUCCCAUAUGACAACCAGCCGGCGACCAGCCUGAUAACCAGCCUGACAACCAGUCGGACAACCAGCCUGAUAACCAUAGUGACAACUAGUCUGACAACCAGCCUGACAACUAGUCUGACAACCAGCCUGACAACCAGCCGGACAACCAGUCGGACAACGAGCCGGACAACCAGCCUGACAACUAGCCGGACAACCAGCCUGACAACCAGCCGGACAACCAGUCGGACAACCAGCCUGAUAACCAUACCGGACAACCAACUGGACAACCAGCCUGAUAACCAUAGUGACAACCAGUCUGACAACCAGCCUGACAACCAGUCUGACAACCAGUCUGACAACCAGUCGGACAUCCAGCCUGCCAACCAGCCGGCGACCAUCCUGACAACCAGCCGGACAACUGGUCUAACAACCAGCCGGACAACCAGUCUGACAACAAGUCUGACAACAAGUCUGACAACCAACCUGACAACCAACCCGACAACCAGCCGGCGACCACCGGACAACCAAUUGGACAACCAGCCUGAUAACCAUAGUGUCAACCAGUCUGACAACCAGCCUGACAACCAGUCUGACAACCAGCCUGACAACCAGCCGGACAACCAGCCUGACAACCAGUCUGACAACCAGUCGGACUUCCAGCCUGACAACCAGCCGCUGGACAACCAAUUGGACAACCAGUCUGAUAACCAUAGUGACAACCAGUCUGACAACCAGCCUGACAACAAGCCUGACAACCAGUCUGACAACCAGCCUGACAACCAGUCUGACAACCAGUCUGACAGCCAGUCUGACAACCAGUCUCACAACCAGCCUGACAACCAGUCUGACAACCAGCCGGACAUCCAGCCUGACAACCAUCUUGACAACCAUCCUGAUAACCAGCCUGACAACCAGCCGGACAACUGGUCUAACAACCAGCCUGACAACCAGUCUGACAACCAGUCUGACAACCAGUCUGACAACCAGCCUGACAACCAGCCGGACAACUAG